GCAAAAAACGCAAACUUUCUCUCUCUUCUCUUUCUCGCUCUUCUCACUCUCUCUCGUACGUUUUUAAUUUUUACAAUUUUAUUUUUCAUUUAAUUUCUCUUUCUUUCUUUGUAGCCCCCAUCGUGAAAACGAAAUCGAACUACACGAAACAAAAACAAUAAUAAUAACUCAUCUAAGAAAACGGAUCCGAAAGAAAGAAAAAACAAUAACUGAAAACCCUAACCCUAGAAAAAAACGGGGCUUAUCCUCUUCUUCCCAAAACCGAAUCCAACAAUUUCGAUUCCCUUUCUCUCUCCAAAUUAGGGUUUUCAAUUUCUAUAAUGGAAUGCUUUCGUUCAUCUGCAUCUUCUUAUUGCCGGCGCCGAUGACCGGAACCGGAGAACGAUGCCACCGCCGCAACAACAUGACGGAGCAAAAAUCAUCUGCCUGUCCGGCCGCCGCUCCGGCGGGAAUCUCCACCGCUGAUUUGGAGAUUGAUUACUUCUCGCAGGCGAGGAAAGUGCUGAGCGAGCGUUCACCGUUUGAUGUUAUCGAGGAACCGUCGACUUCUGCGGCGGUGGAGGUUACACUGCCGAGUGGUUUAGCGAGUUUGUUGAACCGUAACGGGGAUAAUAAGAAGCGUCAGAAGAAGUUGAAUUCCGGUGGUGGUGGUGAUAAGAAGAAGAAGAAAUCGUCGAGGGCGAAUGAGAAACGUGGUUUUAAUGUUUGGGUUGAGACGGAGGAGUAUUUUAGGGACUUGAAUUUGAAUGAUAUUGAUACGUUAUUGCAGGCUUAUACUACGACAUAUAGUUUAGUUUCGAACGAGUGUUUUAAAAUUCCGCAUUUGGAUAAUGGUUCUAGGUUUAGUGUAGUCAGUAGUGAGAAUGAGAAGAAGAUUUUUCCAUUGUUGAAUGUAGUUUCUAAUGAGAAUGAGAAUGCGGAUGAGAAGAAUGAUGUCGAAGAAGUUAAUAAUGAGAAUGAGAAUGGUUGCUUGGUAAUUGAGUUAAGUGACGUUGUUGAAUUGGAAAGAGCUUUGCCGAAUAACGAUGACAAGAAUUAUGAUGAUUCUGAGAAUUCUGUUGGUUUAGAGUGGUUUUUAGGUAGCAGGGAUAAGGUAUUUUUAGCUUCUGAGCGCCCAUCGAAGAAAAGGAAACUUUUAGGUGGUGAUGCCGGGUUGGAGAAAGUUAAAAUGAAUAGUCCAAGGGACGGGGACCAACCUUAUUGUCAUUAUUGUGGCAGGGGAGAUUCGGACACUGAUUCAAAUCGGUUAGUAGUAUGCGCUUCUUGUAAAGUUGCGGUUCAUAGGAAGUGUUAUGGUGUGCAAGAUGAUGUAGAUGAUUCAUGGUUGUGCUCUUGGUGUUCGAAGCAAAAGGGUGAUGUUGAUGACUCGGUGAAUCCUUGUGUUCUUUGCUCAAAGAAGGGUGGCGCUUUAAAACCGGUUUAUAGUGCUGUUGAUGGUGUCGGGUCUUCGCCGUUUGUGCACCUUUAUUGUUGUCUGUGGAUGCCAGAGGUUUAUAUUGAAGAUUUGAAGAAGAUGGAGCCUGUUAUGAAUGUCGGAGGGAUCAAGGAAAACAGAAGAAAAUUGAUGUGUAAUAUUUGCAAAUUGAGAUGUGGUGCAUGUGUUCAGUGUACUCAUGGAUCCUGCAGAACUCCUUUCCAUCCUUUAUGUGCAAGGGAAGCUAGACAUAGAAUGGAGGUUUGGGCAAAGUACGGCAAUGAUAAUAUUGAAUUGCGGGCUUUUUGCUCGAAACACUCAGAUCUACAAGAGAACAGAAGCAUCUUGCCUUUGGGAGGCUCUAUUCCAGUUGGCAGUGAAUUUUCAGAAGCUAAUGACCUUCCAGUGAAAAGUGAACACAGUAUAAAAAUUGGUUUCGGCAAUGGAGUGUUAGAGUCUGAUGGUAAUUCUGACAAGUUGAACCAUAAUGAUGAACCUCCGAAUGGAGGAUUGUCUGUCGGUACGAUUAGCGCACAAAAUAUGUUGGUAUGUGGCGCUGCGCAACCACAUAAUAUGGGUGUGGCAGGGAGAACCAAUGAGAAGGUUGAUAGCUCUAAUUCCCCCAGUUUUGCACUUGUUUUGAGAAAGUUGAUAGAGAAAGGGAAAGUUGAUGUAAAAGAUGUUGCAUUGGAGACUGGCAUUUCCCCAGAUACAUUAACUGCAAAUAUCAAUGAAGCUCAUAUGGCCCAUGAUGUGCAACACAAAAUAGUCAAUUGGUUAAAAGCCCAUGUGUAUACUGGUGCAUUUCAAAAAUCGGCUAUUGUAUCCAUGGAUGAAAGUGGAGCUUCAGCUGGUUCUGAUACUUCACCGUUAUCUGAUUCAGGCUUGCUCGAUCCUGUUGCUGUUAAUGUUAAGUCUGUACCACCAAGGAGAAGAACUAUCAAUAACAUUAGGAUUUUGAAGGACAAUAAAGUGAUAUGUUCAUCUGAGGGGGUUACUACUAGUGACGGUGGGGGGUCAAUUGAAAAGUCCUUGGUUUGUCAGCCUGAGUGUGAAAAUCCAGGAAGUUCUAACAAAGCAUCAGUUCCCGAUGCCACUGACAUGAAUUUAACCAAGUCUGAGGAUAUAUUUCAUGAGGUUCAAGGGAAUGCUGAUGACCUCUACAAAUCCAGCUUAUCUGUAUGCGUUUCAGAACAGAACUCUACUGCUUGUUUGCAGAAUGCAUCUAUGCUUUCCGAUCCACACAUUCCAGCUCAUUCUGCUUCAGAACCACCCCUUCCUGGUUUCAUAAAACUGGAAGCAAUCUCUAGUUACGCUCACCCAUACAUUAACAAGAAGCUACUGCAGAUUCGUAGUGGCUUGCCCUCGGAGAACCUUAUGGCAGGUUUAAGUGGGUGCAGAAAUUCUUUCGUUGAAUCAUCUGGAGCUAAUAACUGCCCGAGUAGUGAAAAUCAGCAGUUAAUUUGUACUGACGUUUCCAAGCCUGAUCCAGUAAAGAUGGAGCAGUUGGUUAGGGAUGAACAAAUGCAACUUACGGAAUUUUAUUCAGAAGAUGAGUUGGAGUGUGAUCUUAUAUAUUUUCAGCAUAGACUGCUGCAGGAAGCAGUUGCAAAAAAGAGGCUUGCUGAAAACUUGGUCUACAAUGUUGCCAAGAGUUUGCCCCAGGAGAUUGAUAAAACACAUCAACAAAGAUGGGAUGCGGUGAUUGCUAGUCAAUAUCUGCGUGAUCUUAGAGAGGCAAAGAAACAGGGUAGAAAAGAAAAGAAACACAAGGAAGCGCAGGCAGUAUUGGCUGCUGCAACUGCUGCAGCAGCAUCAUCUACUAGGGUUUCUUCUUUCCGUAAAGACACCAUAGAUGAAUCUAUGCAACCGGAGAAUUCAUUGAAGUUGGAUGCUUUAUGUGGGCGGACUGGUCCAUGUUCUCAGCCAAUGCCCCGUGCCAAAGAGACUCUUUCUAGAGUUGCUGUCACUAGAGCUUCGUCAGAGAAAUAUUCGGAUUUUUCUUUGCCAAGAUCAGAUAUUUCUAAGGAGCAACGUAAAUCAUGUGAUAUCUGCAGACGAUUUGAGAAUGUGUUAAAUCCUAUCCUAGUCUGCUCUGGUUGCAAGGUUGCGGUGCAUUCAGUUUGCUAUCGUAGUGUGAAAGAAACAACCGGUCCAUGGUACUGUGAAUUAUGUGAAGAUCUAUUGUCAAGAAGUUCUGGGCCAUCUGCCAUAAAUAGCUGGGAGAAGCCAUAUUUUGUUGCAGAAUGUGCUCUCUGUGGUGGUACUACUGGUGCUUUUAGGAAGUCGUCUGAUGGUCAAUGGGUUCAUGCCUUCUGUGCUGAGUGGUUUUUUGAGUCUACGUUCAGAAGAGGACAGAUAGAUGCUAUUGAAGGAAUGGAGACUGUGCCAAAAGGAGUUGAUAUUUGUUGCAUCUGCCAUCGAAAGCAUGGUGUAUGUAUGAAGUGUUGCUAUGGCCAUUGCUUGACCACAUUCCAUCCAUCCUGUGCUAGAAGCGCCGGUUUGUUCAUCAUUAUGAGGACUGCUGGAGGCAAGAUGCAACACAAAGCUUACUGUGAAAAGCAUAGUUCGGAGCAAAGAGCAAAGGCUGAAACUCAAAAGCAUGGAGUUGAGGAGUUAAAAAGUAUCAAGCCAAUUAGGGUUGAACUUGAGAGAUUACGUCUCCUUUGUGAAAGGAUUGUCAAACGGGAAAAGAUUAAGAGGGAAUUGGUUCUAUGCUCACACGACAUACUUGCCUUUAAAAGAGAUCAUGUUGCUAGGUCCGUGCUUGUUCGUAGUCCUUUCGUCCUUCCAGAUGGUAGUUCAGAAUCAGCUACAACAUCCCUGAAAGCAACCACAGAGGGAUACAGGUCGUGCAGUGAAGCGCGCCAAAGAUCAGAUGAUGUAACUGUGGAUAGCUCAGUUUCUGCUAAGCACCGUGUCAGAGUUUCUGUAUCCAUUGACACAGACCCAAAAUUGGAUGAUGACUGCUCAACCUCACAAAGUCACUAUAACCACAAGAUUCCAGAGAAGAUGCAAUUUUCUGGCAAACAGAUUCCCCGUAGAGCUUCUGCUACAUCACGCAAUAUCUCUGAGGAGGAUGCAUGGAGAUCCAAAUCUCGAAAGUUACAGACGAAUGAAUCAUUCGGAAAAGAGCUUGUUAUGACGUCAGAUGAAGCAUCUAUGAAGAAUUCAAGGCUACCUAAAGGAUAUGCAUAUGUUCCUGCAGAUUGCCUGUCAAAUGACAAGCAGUCUAAUGAGGAUGUAUAUGCUAGUGGACCAGGGGAACGUGAUGGGUAGAGCGAUCUGGUUUUUUAUUUACGCCCACGAGGCUGACAUCCACAUUAUAAGAUGCCAUGCCAUUUUGCACGUGGAAUUGUAUUUGAAUAUGGCAAAAUGUAGGGACAGGACUCUGGUCACUGUAUUGUUGCAGAACGUUGCUGCAUUCUGCUCUGGCAAGGGGAAGUUUUGUUAACGUUGUUGUACAUUCGUUGUGAGAGUAGUAAGCUGUACAGUGGAUGAACAUUUCUUGCAUUUACUUGUAUUUGGAAGGGCGUGCAUUGGAAUAGAAGCAUUCCCUCUUGUAAACCAUACAAGGGAAGAUCAAGAAAUUACCUGUUUUUAUGUAAAGUUAAUGUACAUAUUAUGACAGUCGCAUUAAUUCUGAAAAGGCCCGUGCUUGGCAUCAUAUUAUACCCGAGCAUAUGAAUUAUGUAACCUAAUUUUUUUCUUCUUAUACAUUCUAAUUGAUUUUAACGCUGAUUGUCAUUUGUAAUCAUUUGGACUGCUAAGUUCACUGUAUCUUAUUGUAGUUAAUGAUAAGCUUACAACCAUAAGCAUUUGAGCUAGUUGAGUUGCUCAAACCUUUGGUACAAA